AUGGAAGAAGAUAAAUUUGCUUUAGUGGAAAAAAUCAUAAAGGACGUACACAAUGUUUUGUCCAAAAUAGCUGAGUUAUAUGCCUUCGAUGUCGUUCCUAUGGAUAUUAAUUUUCAAAACAAGUCUCCUGUAUUACAUUUAGAAAAUUGUUUGGGUCUAGAAUCAUGGUGUGUAAAGCAUGUGUAUAUGUAUUGUUAUUCAGAGCUCAUGGAUAAAUAUUGUAUUAUGACUAAACGAAAGUUAAAAAAGAUCUCGAGUAUAGAUUGUGAUCGCCUAAUAAGAUUAAUGAAUAUUACUUUAUUGCUUAACCCUGAGAUCAAUUCUUUAUGGAAUAAGAGACGUGAUAUGGUACUAGAUCUUAUCUUAGAUAAGUCUGUCGAGUUACAUUUUACAAGACUUAUUUUAUCAAGAAAACCUAAAUGUAAUGAAGUAUUUGCAUACAGAAGAUGGAUCUUAGAAAAUAUAUUUCAAGAUGAAAAUGUACAAAUCAACAAUAUUGAAAGUCUUAUUAAUGAUGAGUUCAUCAUUUGUGACUUGGCAUCAGAUAAAAGUCCUAAUAAUUAUCAUAGUUGGAAUCAUCGGAUGUGGGUGUUAAAUAUGAUGAAUGUAAGAAGAGCAGAAAUAGACUUAAAUGCUUUAUACAUAAAAGAAUAUCAUUUUUCAGAAAAAUGGACUUCUAAGCACGUUUCAGAUUAUAGCUGUUUUCAUUACCAUCAAUUUUGUAUAAAAAAUAUUUAUAAUCUAUCUAAUAAUUCAUGGACAACUUUAGAAAACACACUAAAUAUUAAUCUUAGGAAAAUUUUUGUCAACAUUUUGGCUUCAAAUCUUCCUAAGGAUAUGACAAUUCAAGCAUCAGAAGAAAAUUUGAUCUCUUACACGUCUGAAAAUCUAAUGAACUUUUUACUUGCAUAUUCAAAUAAAACCUGUAAUUGUUCUGUUGAUUACGUUCAAUUAUGUAUGAAAUUACAAAUAUUAUUCCAUGCACUUGUAUCUAACAAUGAGCUGAUACAAUUCUAUAAAUACCAUGAGACAUUGUGGUACCACCGAAGGUUUGUUUUACAUGAAAUUAUUGCUAUCAUGUAUGAUCAUUUUGGUCUUGUGAGACAUAAUGGUGCGCUAAUAAAGAAAAGUUGUAAAAAUUGCAAUUACGAUGAAUUAAGACAAAAGCAAGCUAAAAUUGGUAGAUAUGAUAGUAAUCGUAUUUACUCCAGUGUACUGUUCAAUAUUAUUGUAUCACAUGAAAAGAAAUUCAUUGAAGAAAGAAGGAAAGAUGGCGAUAAUUAUGCAGACCGACAUGAAAAAUAUUUAAAAUUUGUCGAAGGCCUCAAUAAUGUUAUG